CAAUCAUUGUUGGAGUGAUGCUAUAGGUGUAUAGCUUUACUGACACAUCUUCAGUGCUAUCUUCUGGCCAGAACUUGGACUUGUGUUGUGGCUCAGUCUCCAGACUUCACACCUGUUGUUCCUCACUGGGCUUUCUGGAGGCAUCCUGGAUCUGAUCUGCCCUUUUGUUUGGGGCUGUCAGUAGAUCCACAUAACAGCAUCUGGCUCUGCCUGUUGCAUUCAACUGAUCUUCUCCUUCAAUGCCUGUUCAUUAAUAGCACUUUCUUUUCUGAUAAUUCCCUUGAAUCUGUCUAUUUUUUCUGGCUGUGUUUGCAAUGUGAUUUUAGCUAAUAAGUAAUCUGUAGACUUUUGAGCAGUUCAGCGUUAACUUUCAUUGUGCUCCUGUAAUCAUCAGCUAUAUGUGCUUCAGACAUCGGGUCUUGAUCCAAAAACAAACCCAACACAACUGGUUCCAUGGUUGGGCAGAGCUCCAAAGCUUCGCUGAAGGUUGAUUGCCCAUGACUUUGUGCUGUAGCCUCACUGAAUUGAGGCUGAAGAAGUACAAACAAGUCCGUUUAAUUUCCCUUUGGGGAUGAGGUCUGCAGCAUGAUGAAGGAGUAACAGAUGGGAGUAGUUGUAAUGUUACAGAGAAGGUGCUAAGGUCCUGAGUCGUGAUCCCGUGAAAUCCCCAUCCGUGUUCCAAGAUGAACCUAUGGAGAGCAUCCUUUCUGGUGUUCUUUGCAGUGACCUCUGCAGGACUGCUCAUUGAGCCCCGGGAGGGCAGCGUUGCUGGAGGAACAUGGAUUACCAUCACUCUGGAUGGCUCGGCAUCCCACGAGCUAGAACAUCUCUCUCCAGCCAGCUGGCCCCACCUGGAGGUAUCCUUGGUGAACACAGACCUGCCCACGUUGCUGUGUGAUGUCUCUCCCGUCUAUUUUGACUCAUCCACCAUAAGAUGUAGAACAAGGUCUUCAUCCCAGGAGGGUUUGUACUAUGUGGAGGUGACCUUUAAAGGACGCAUGAUUAACAACCUGACUGGGGUGGAGAAAGAAAACUAUGCUUUCAAGUUUUCUGCUGCACAGACGCCUGUGGUUUACCAAAUUAGCCCGCCAUCUGGCAUCCCAGGAAAUUUAAUAGAGAUCUAUGGGAAGACAAUUGCUGGGCAAUACGAGACCCUGGACUUCAAUGCGGAUUAUAUUGAUGGACCAGCUAUUCUUGUGGCAGAAGGAGAUGGAUGGACCAGCCUCUGCUCUUUUGCUGACGGGCAAGCUGGAAGCAUGUCAGUUGUUGACCUACCUUGGGUUUGUGUUGGUGCAAGGCACACAAGCUACUCCAUUCAGAUAGAAGAUGGACUGGGAACCAUGCAGUGCCGGGUGGAAGGGAACCACAUAGGGUCACACAAUGUCAGCUUCUCAGUGUUUAACAAAGGAAAGUCAGUGAUAGACAAAGGAGCUUGGCUCAUCAGUGCCAAGCAGGAGCUUUUCUUGUACCAAACGCAUUCAGAAAUAGCCUCUGUGUUCCCAGCGGGUGGAAGUCUUGCGGGAGGAACCGACCUCACUAUUACUGGGGAUUUUUUUGAGGAGCCCGUGCAAGUCACUGCUGCAGGUGUUCCCUGUAAAGUCAAGCAUGUCUCUCCCUGGCAAAUCAUCUGCACCACUGAAGCUGUUGGCAGGAGCAGGAGGCUUGGUGAUCUCCAGCCAGGAAAUCGGGGGCUUCUCUUUGAAGUUUGGGAUGACGCCUCUGAUCUGACAGAAGCAGGGCCUGGAUAUAGAUGGCAGUUUGUACCUAAUGCCCAAUCCCCAGCAAGAUUUCUGUCUGCAGCAAAGCAGUCCUUCAGCUCCAGGCUUCGUGGCUUUUUUGUGGCUCCUCAGACCAACAAUUACACCUUCUGGAUUCAGGCAGAUGGUCCGGCGUCUCUGUACUUGAGUUCAUCCCAAGACCCACAACACAAGGUGAGAAUAGCUUCUCUCCCUGCCGGCAAUUUGGAAUGGUCUGGGAAGUGGGUGAAGAACUGGAGUGAGAGUUGGCAGCCAAAAUCCCAGAAGUUUGAGCUAACUGCUGGCCUGAGGUACUACUUGGAAGCACUGCAUCAUGGAAAGGCACCCAGCAAUGGGAUGAGAGUUGGAGUCCAGAUACACAACACGUGGCUGAAUCCCCUGGUGGUGAACAACUACUACAUUGAGAGACAUGAAAUUCGGGCUCGUGCCUUAUGUCUUCCAGAAGUGCAGAUGUUGACUGUGUUUGGCACAGGAUGGUUCAGUAUCUCCUGGAACAAUGCACCCCGCAGGAUGAUCCACACAAAUUCCACUGCUCAUCAGGUGCAAACAGCAAUAGAGGAACUUCUUUCAGUUGGGUGUGACAUUGAGCCAACUUCUGCUAAAAUACUCUUCCAUGAUGGCUUUGAGAAGGAAGGUGCAGAAAACUCUGUCACCAUAGAACACGUUGUCUAUGGAACAGAGCCAUUCUGUGGGAGGUUCAGUGCUCACAGCCCAAGCCAGCUGGUGAAAACUUCCCCAUCAGCUCUACAAAGAUAUGACCUUACUGAAUACACCCAUGUUUGUUUUGCACAUAAAGGCCACGUGAGCAACAUCCUUCAUAUCUCUGUGUCCUACACCAACCUUUCCUUGUGUUCAGUGGAAAGAAACCUCAGUUGCCAAUGGGAUUUCAGUGGAACUGACCCCAUGAGAUGGACAUUCACCUGCACUGACCUCUGGAUGGGGUGUGUGAGUCGCUCUGCACUUCUCCAGGACCUUCCCAUCAACACCCCAGUCUUUGUACAUCAGAUUGACUUGCCGAGCACCCAGCUGCAAAAGGAAACCUCUGGGUCCUUCUACCUUGAUGAAGUCAUCAUCACAGACAGAGCUGUGACUGUUUCUCGGAGGGAUCCUGAACCACAUCGGCUAGGUGGGCGGAUCAUAGAAGCAGUAACUGUGGUGGGGUCUUCUCCUACUUACAAUGUGUCCUGGCUGGUGUCUGGCUGUGGUGCAAGUCUCCCUCUUCUCUCCCUAAGAGGCGCGGUGCUAUGCGAGGGCUCUGAGGAGGACGGCCACCUCUACGUCUCCACGGAGGAUGUGAGAGUCAGCAUCACCAUUCAGAGGCUGCAGGUGUCAUCUCCACCUCUUGGAGGGACCUUCCGCAUACGCCUGGGGAGCACAGUGAUACCAGAUGUUUCAGUGCACAUCUCCUCCCACCAGCUCCGCAAGCUUCUGCAAGCCAACGUAGAUAGUUCCACAGCCCCAUACUUCAACACCAGUGACUUCAUCGUGACCAAAGACUCAGAGUCUUGCUAUGAGAGCAUCUGGACUCUCACCUGGAGAACAAAAACGGGGGAUUUGCCCAAUGUUAUCAAUGUCUCUGCUGAAAACCUCACUGGUCUGAAGCCAACUGUUUCCAGUCGUGUGAUUUAUGAUGGGGGUGUCUUUAUUGGGCCGAUAUUUGGGGACAUGCUUGCAACCUGCAAUAACAAAACACAGGUGGUGGUGGUGGUGAAUGAUGUCCCGGCAAACUGCUCUGGUUCCUGCUCUUUCCAGUUCAGCCGGGAAAUGACACCCUUGGUCAGCGACGUGGAGUAUUCAGCAGAUGAUGGAUCCCAGGCCACGGUAGUUAUCAGAGGAAUUGGUUUCUCUGAGGAGAACACAACCCUGCAGGUACAAGUGAAGAACAUGGCUUGCUACGUUGUAAUGUCAGAUCAAACCAAAGUGGUCUGCAAGAUGGAGAGGCUGCCACUUGGAGUCCACCAGCUGACAUUAUUAGUUAGGCCCUAUGGCUUUGCACUCAAUGCUAGCACAGGAGAAGGCAUCUUCCUGAGAGUUGUGCCCAGGCUGGUAGCCAUCGAACCUCCCAGAGCUUCAGAAAUUGGAGGACUGAGAGUGGCUCUCAGGGGGACUGGUCUGGAAGGGGUAAACCUGGUGUUGUUUGGCUCUCAGCCUUGCCCAGUUUUGGAGGAUACCAGAAGUUCUACACUAAUUGAAUGUAAAGUUCCCUCUCGGGGGGCAGAAGAUGCUGCUGUCUGCGUGACACUGGUUUCUGGGUACCAAUCAACAAGAGUCACCAACUUGUUCCAGUAUGAUCCUUCCUUAAACCCUGCAGUUGUAUCACUGAGCAGAAACAGAAGUGGCUUAGCAGGGGGUCAGGAGCUUCAGAUUGGAAUAUCCUCAUUUAGAAAGUACCGAGGGUCAGAUAUCAAGGUCCGAAUUGGGGGUGUGUGGGCCCAAAUCCAGGCCCAGAUGGACAAUGGUGUUAAUGUGACACUUCCAGCCUUGGCUGCGGGAUGGUACAACGUUUCUGUCAUCAUCAGUGGUGUUGCUCUUGCUUCAGACAGGGUUGAGCCAUUAAUCCACUACAUCUCAGAGAUCUUCAGCAUCGAACCAUGUUGCGGCUCCUUCCUGGGUGGAACACUGCUCACGAUCUCUGGGGUGGGCUUUAGCCAAAAUCAGUCCCUGGUUUCCGUUUCAAUAAAUGAACAAACCUGUCUGGUUACCGACAUGGCAGAAGAGACCAUUUGGUGCCUGACCCCACCAGCUGCUAAUUUGUCUAAUGAAGUUUCUCAGGAUGUCCCUGUCAGAGUAAAUGUACUCAUUAGCAGUAGCUCACUUCAAAGUGUUCCUGUUGCAAAAAACAUCACCUUUAAUUACCGAAGAGCUUUGACACCUCUGGUUACCGCGGUUGAACUGGAAAUCUUGGAGAGUAACCUGCUCUUGAGCAUCUGGGGGGUAAACAUCACUGGAUCUGUGGCCAGGGUGGGAGACAGCGAGUGCGAGCUUGAGCUACAACACGGCAAUGAGUCUGCAAUGUUUUAUGAGUGCUCUUUACCACUGAGCAACCUGGAACCUGGGACUUACCCUGUCCGGGUUAUCCAGAGACAGCUUGGAUAUUCUCGUGUGACAGCAAGGCUGCAGACCGUCACACUAACUCCACGGAUAACCUCCAUAUUCCCAUCACAAGGGUCAAUUUGUGGUGGAAUGUUACUUACUAUAUCAGGGAUUGCUUUAAAAUCCAGAAGAGAUUUGGUACAGGUCAGCCUGGAUGGUAAUUAUUCCUGCGGGAUCCAGAGCUCUGGUAACGAUACCAUUGAGUGUGUGGUCCUUCCAGGGACGCGCAUUUUGCCUUACCAGUGGUGGGCUGAGGUGUCUUGGGCUCUUAAUGUCACAGUGACUGUCAAUGGGAUCAGCAGUGUCUGCCUUGGGAACUGUACGCUCCACCUCCACGAGCAGUCCUCUCCCCUUGUGGAUGCGGUGACCUGGGAGACCAAUGGGAUGUUCACCGACAUGGCCAUCAAAGGACAGAGGCUGGGGUGGCCGGGUGACAGCCCUGUGGUGCAUGUGAAUGGCCAGGCUGUCUGCAAGGUCACUUUCUGGAAUGAGACCAGCAUCAGGUGCCGGAUGGACUGCAUUGCCCCAGGGGAACAUAACAUCUCCAUAUCCAACAGAAGAAGCGGGCGAGCUUGCUUCAGAAAUACGUCCAGUGUUUUCACCAUCACGCCUCAAGUGCACCAAUUUUACCCCCAAAACUUCAGUACCAAUGGCGGAGGCCUGCUCACCUUUGCAGGUGCAGCAUUGAAAGGAAAGAACAGGACAUUUGUUCUCAUUGGUCAGCACCCGUGCCUCGUCCUCAGUGUCACCUGCGUAGCCAUCCAGUGCACGGUGCCCCCAGGCAAUGGUACUAGGGCUCUGAGGCUGACAGUAGAUGGCAUCUCCUAUGAUAUUGGAAAAAUCAGUUACAGUGAGGAGUCCACGCCAGCUUUCCUUUCGCUUGCUGCAACUGACCUCCUUUUGACAAUAAAUGCAUCCCAGGUCAUGGAGAUGGACACCAUCCACGUACUUGUUGGAGACUUUCCUUGUAGGGGUGUCACCAUCACUCACUCGGAGUUGCAGUGCUCCCCUCCUCUGCUCCCUGCUGGUGAAUACCCUGUGGUGGGCCUGGAUGUCCCCAGGGGCUGGGCUUCCUCCAACCUGACCUUCGUCUCUCAGCUGACGGUGACUGCUGUGCUUUGCAACUGGGGUGGCUUGAAUGGAGGAGAGGUUUACCUGCGUGGAACUGGAUUUUCUCCAGGGGAGACUUUGGUCACCAUCUGUGGCAGCCCUUGUGAAAUGCAGGGCAAUGCAACGACAACGAGCCUUAGCUGUCUUGUGCCACGCUUACAAGCAUCCUUGGCCUUUCUCUGCAGCCUGACCCAUUCUUCUGCCGAUUGCCAAGAGGACAGAUCCACCAUUAUCGAAUGCGAUGUCCAAGUCAGGGUGGGCUCCUACCGCCAGCAAGGACCCAGGUCCUACCUGUACCUGUGUGGGGAGAGCCGAGCUCAGCAGCACCGGGGGGACGCUGGCUCUUCCCAGAGGCGUUUUGCUGGACUCAUUGCCAGCCCUAAAGUGGAAAGAGAUGAAGUUCUCAUCUAUAAUAGCUCCUGUAACAUUACCAUGGAAACUGAGGCAGAGAUGGAGUGUGAGGGAGCUAAUCAGCCAAUUACCGCCAAGAUUACUGAGAUAUGGAAAAACUGGGGCCAGAACACUCAGUUGAUCUUUGAUAUACUCGUGCGUACUGUACAAAAUCUGGCUCAGAGCACUGCCUGUGAAGGCUGUGGAGGCAGCCUGCUAAACAAAACCCUGCCCCUUCCGCCGGUUCUGAACCUGUCUGUCUGUCUGUCUGUUUUCCCCCAGCCCGCCCUCCAUCUGUGCGGCCGUUGGUCCGAGGCCUCCAGCUGGCCCGCUGGCCGCCCGCCGCAAGAUGGCGCCAACGUCACGGUGGAAGCGGGCCGGACGCUGCUGCUGGGCGCCGCCACCGCCGCGCUGCACCUGCUGCACCUCAGAGGUGGCAAACUCCUGUUUACUGGUCCAGGACCUGUAGAACUACAUGCUCAUUACAUUCUGAUAUCUGAUGGAGGAGAGCUCCGGGUGGGAUCUCCCGAGGCACGUUUCCGUCACAGAGCACACAUCUAUCUCUAUGGAAGCCUCCACUCUCCAGCAUUGUUUCCCUAUGGGGCCAAGUUCCUGGCAGUCAGAAAUGGGACCCUCUCCAUCCAUGGCUGGAUGCCCCAAGUAACUUUCACACACUUGAAAUCAUCAGCUCUUGCUAAUGACAUACGCUUAGUGCUCCAGGAACCUGUUGACUGGGAACCUGGUGAUGAAAUCGUGGUGGGAAGGACAGGCCUUGGAGAUGCGCAGCAGCAAGAAGAAGUGGCCAUUAUUGAGUCUGUAAAUAACACUGAGCUCUACCUUCGGUCACCACUCAGAUACUCCCACAGCGUUGGAGAGGAAAGGGUGAAUGGCCAAAGCCUGCCUUUGACUGCUGUGGUGGCACUGCUUAGCAGAAGGGUUGUUGUUCAAGGGAAUGUCACAAAAGAGAGGAUCUCCCACGUCAGGGAGUGUGCAGAAGCAGGUGGCACAAGAGGUGGCUCCAGGUGUCUGUACAAGCGAAGCGAGAGGCGGCUGGGGUCUCGGGACCUGGGAGCUGUCCUCAUUGUGGAGGCCUUCCAAGGAGCAACGAGUCAGCUGCAGGUGGAGGGGGUCCAGUUCCGCCAUAUGGGCCAAGCAUUUCGGCAGCACCACAGUGCCCUGACAGUUGCUGGCAAUGCACGGAUGGCAGACUCUUACAUACGUGGUUGCUGUGUUUUGGACUCCUUUGGACAAGGACUCCAUCUGACCGGGAUCUCAAACCUUAGCGUGGACAAUAAUGUCUUCUUUAACAUUUCAGGACAUGGGCUUCUACUGGGAACUGGCUGGGAAAAGGGGAACAGAAUCAGAAAUAACAUAGUGAUCGGCCUUUCUGGAGCAGAUGGUUUAUCCAACAUGGAGACUCUGUCACCAGCAGGGAUCUACGUCAGAGCUCCUGCCAACUACAUUGAGGGUAACACCGUGUGUGCUGCUGGGUAUGGGUAUUUCUUUCAUCUCUCUCCUGAGGGACCAUCCAAAAUGCCUCUCCUGUCCUUCAGUGAGAACACAGCCCAUUCCUGCACAAGGCGUGGGUUGCUUGUAUACCCAGAAUAUUUGCCAGACAGCCCAGACGGCCCCGUUCAGUUCAACAGCUUCAGAGUUUGGAGCAGCCAAGGUGGAGUCCAGAUUUUCAGUAGCAGCAACCUCAAACUCCAAAAUUUCCAGAUCUGUGCUUGCACAGACUUUGGCAUUGACAUCGUUGAAAGCCUGGGAAACACAACUGUAGCUAAUAGUGUUUUAAUUGGACGCAUUGGGCAAAAGGAUAGGACCUGUAUGUCAGCAGGACUGAAAACUCCCAAAAGAUACCAGCUAUUUGUCUCCAACACAGCUUUCAGAAACUUUGAUAGGAGCACUUGCACAGCAAUCAGGACCUGCUCUGGCUGUUACCAAGGGCAGGGUGGGUUUACAGUGAGAGCUGAGCAUCUGACCUUCACCAACUCGCCUUUCCAAGUGUUCUUCCCUUUUCCUCAUGCUGCUAUCCUUGAGGAUCUCGAUGGCUCUGUCACUGGACAGGAAGGAAGUCGUCUUCUCCCUUCGACAGACAUCCUUAUGGCUUCGUGCACAACCAGUGCCAAUUUCAGCCAAGCUCUGGGUGGCAGUGUUUGCGGCAAGGACCUUGUUUUCCACCGUAUGUCUCUUCACUUAAAAGAGGCUCCAGAGAUUCCCUAUAAUUUAACUGUGACUGACAGCAGGAAUAAGACAACCACAGUCAAUUACGUCGCUGACACUUUAUCAAACCCGUAUGGCUGGAUGUGUCUCCUCCUGGAUAAAGAGACUUACACACUGACAUUUGACAACCCUUUGGUCAGCAAGCAGCUCCAGUAUUCGGUCACGUUUAGCAACUUCACAGCUGGGAAUUACUUGCUGGUGGAACACAAGGAUCUCCCUGCCCAGCCUGAGGUUGUGGUGUCCUGUGGGAAAAGGACUGGACAGCCACUCCAGUUGCUGCCUUCCUAUGGUCAUCACAGGAGCUGUGACUGGUAUCUCGACAGCGCACUGAGGAAGCUAACCUACUUGGUCACAGGAGCUGACUUAAUUCAGUUCGUGCUGAAAGAGAAGGAAAGAGCCCCUUCACCUACAUCAGUUCCUUCUGAUUCUGUCUUGAAGUGGUCGCACCCAGAGACAUGGAAGGAUGUGGAAAAAGGCUGGGGUGGCUUCAACUACAGCAUCCCAGGUCCAGGAGAAGACGUCAUCAUCUUACCCAACCGCACCAUCCUGGUGGACACAGAUCUUCCUCCUCUAAGAGGUCUCUACAUCCUUGGGACUCUUGAGUUCCCCACCAACUCCAGCAAUGUCCUGAGUGCAGCCUGUAUUGUGGUGGUGGGAGGUACACUGAACGCGGGUUCUUUUCACCAUCCUCUGGAAAGGGAUUCAAAGCUGCUGAUCCUUCUUCGGGCAUCUGAAGGGAUUUACUGUGAUCAUCUGGAGGAAAUAAAUGUCCAACCAGGGACUAUUGGGGUUUAUGGGAAGGUGCAAAUUUAUAGCUCUUAUCCUGGGAAGUCUUGGACACAUCUUGGAGCUAGUGUUGCUCCUGGCAAUGAAAGGAUUUUGGUGGAGGAUGAAGUGGACUGGAGGCCUGAGGGAGAUAUUGUGAUCAGCUCUUCCUCCUAUGAAGCCCACCAAGCUGAACUAGUUACACUUAAAGAAGUCCAUGGUCGUAGUAUAACACUCCAUGAACGCCUUCUCCACAGGCAUAUUGGGCAUCCCCAUGACACAGAAGAUGGUAGACGCAUCCCUUUGUCUGCGGAGGUUGGACUCUUAACACGGAAUGUACAGAUCAAGUCUGAUGUGCCUUGCGCUGGGAAGAUGCUGGUGGGACAUUUUACAGAUUCCAGUGGGAGAGAGUUUGAAGGUGUCCUUCAACUCUUAAAUACUGAAUUUUUGAACUUUGGGCCUCCUCAGCUUUCUGCUAUUGAAUUCAGGAACAUAACUCAGCAGUCCUCAGUGGUGUCAUCCAGUGUUCAUGGUAGCUGUGGAGUUGGCAUUAAAGCAGUCAUGAGCGACGGGAUCUGGUUGCAUGAUAACAUAGUGUUCAACACAGUCGGACCAGGCAUCGAUUUGGAAGGGAAAAACCAUUCUCUCAUCAGGAACCUCGUUAUUCUGAGCAGGCAGCCAGAGGGUUUAUUAAACUGGGUUGCUGGCAUCAAGGUAAACCUUGUCAUUGGUGUCUCCCUCCAUGGCAAUGUUGUGGCAGGAUCUGAGCGGAUUGGAUUCCAUAUUAGGGGCCAAGAGUGUUUGCUGGAUGUCGAUUAUUCCAGUGAAAAUGUGGCCCAUUCAAAUCUCCAUGGUAUUCAUCUGUACAGGGGAGAUGGAUUUCAGACCUGCACUAGAAUAACAGGUUUUCUAUCUUACAAGAAUUAUGACUAUGGUAUGAUGUUCCACCUUGGAAGCAGUGUCAUUAUAGACAAUGUGGUGCUGGUGGACAACACUGUGGGUCUCAUGCCAGUAAUACACUGCCUUUAUGCCAAGCAGUGCCACACGGGGAAAAGACUCCUUGAACUUAGAAACUCUGUCAUUGUUGCAACAAGCUCAACUUUUGACUGCAUCAGAGACAGGAUCCAACCUCAAGCAGCUGACCUAACUUCCAGGGAUCGACCACCAUACUACCCUCAAAGAGGACGUGCUGGGAUUUUAUGGCCUAAAUUUACCACUGUGGCCAGCCAGAGGCCGGAUAGCCCAUGGCACAAAAUUGUCCACUGUCCAAAAGUGCUGGGACUCAUGAAGCUGAAAGACGUCACAUUUACUGGUUUUACAAAGAGCUGCCACAGUGAAGACAGCGAUGUCUGCAUCAUGUCAGAUGCGGACCAUUUAGGCAUCAUGCCCCUUAUCACAGCGGAGAGAUCGAGGAUGUUACAUGUCAAUGAGAAGCACAAGUUCUACUUUCAUGCAGCAAGUGUACAGACCUCUGAAGACACCGCGUUCCCUGAAAAGAGUUGCGAAGGCUCAAGAAAGGCCCUCUUCAAGGAUUUGGAUGGAGAUGUCCUGGACCUAGAGCCACCUGUUUCUGUAUUCCCAAAGUCAGAAUUUGAAUGGACACGGUUCUUCUUGCAAUCUGGAAUUUACAGAGAUGACAGCAAGUGUAUCUUCAAGCCCUCAGUACAAGGCUACUUCUGCAAACAGGCAGAUUACGCACUUGUUAUCCUGGAAAAUUUAGACAGCAGUAUGGUCAACCAGGAGCUGUUUCCAGUGGUAGCAGUGACUGGCAGCUUUAUGGAUACCUUCAGAGAUGGAGCUUCACAUGCGUCAUGUGGUUCUGCAGAGCAUCCUUCUGCUCUCUUCUCUGUACUGCCAACCACCAAACUCACAACAGUUUGCUUCCCGGACCUAACACCUCUGAUUUUCAGAAUUUACCUCCUCAGUGGCCAGAACUCAACCAGACUGCCCCUGGCUAUUUUCUACAAUGAACCCCUCAGCCUUCAUGUCUUCGUUGAAGGAAGAUAUAUCUCUCCGACCCCAUCUUCCUUCUCAUGGAAUGAAGGGGCGGGAACCAAUCAUUUUAGCUUUGAGGACAAUCUUCUCUAUGUUCUCCUUCAUGAAGAGGAGCCUGUAGAAAUAAUCACUGGCCUUUCCCUUCACGUGGCUUUCACUGUGACUGAGGCCACUGGGGAAGAGGAUGAGGCAAAUAUCAUGCAUCGAUUAGCUGACUUCUUGCAGGUCGGGCAUGAUCAAGUCAGAGUAGUCCAUCGUGUGCUGGGAAGUGAAAGCAUGUUGAAAGUCAUCUCAGACAAUGCCAGCAAAAAGAAAUAUCACUGCCCCAACAUGGCGUUUUGCACGACCUUUCAUAGCAGAUCUGGGUCACAGAAACUAGGGAGAGGAGCAGUAAACACUCAAGUCCUGCAGCCAUCUGAUGCAGCCGGUCCAUCAAAAGUGCUGGUUUUUGAAUUUGGUGAUCCACCAGGCCACCAAAGAAAUGACUUUCAACGUUCCUUAACAAUUGACAGUUUAAAGAGCUUGGCCAGAACGAUUAUCAACGCUCAUCAGACUGGAGACCUUCAGAAAGUCCUGGGCUUACCAGUUGAUACUCUAAUGGUGAAUCAGCCUAACUUACUGUUCUCAGGAAGAGAUAAUAGGAGACAAUACACAGGAACGUGCUUGUAUGUGAGGCCCUAUAGCAUCUCUCUUCAGGUGCAGCCUUCGGAUGGAGAAAUUGAAAAGCAGCUUCCUGUACAGCCACAAAUCGUUUUCCUGGAUAAGAAGGGUCGAAGAGUUGACACGCUGGGGCCUCCCUCAGAACCCUGGGUUGUUUCAGCUCACCUCAAGGGCUCCUCCGAGGCUGUGCUAAAAGGGAUCACCGAAGUACAGGUCAUAGGUGGAUGUGCAAGCUUUUCCAAUCUGGCUGUCUCCCACUCAGGCACCAACUGGAACCUUGUGUUCACCGUCACAUCACCACCAGGGGCCAAGUUCACUGUGCUAUCUCAGCCAUUUACCAUCUUCCCUGUGCCCGUGGGAGAGAAGGCAAGCUUGAUUCUUGUUGUCUUGCUGAGUGCAAUAGCAUCUGCAUUUGUCCUCACUCUUGUGCUCUGCUGGUUCAAGAAGAGCAAAAGCAACAAAAUGAGGACGAAGACGACUGGCGUACCACAGGCACCCCAAAAGCAAGCACAGCCUCAUGCACCUCACGUCCAGCCUUGCUAUGGUCGAGGACAGAAUGACAGUGGUGUGCCUGUAGCAGGAGGAAGGGAAGAAACCGGAGCAGUGAGACGUGUGACGGGACAAGGGAAGGAGCUGAGCCCACAGCCUUGUGAAGCCACUCCAGUGAGAAAGGCAAAUGCCCUCCAGCGAAAGACAAGCAACAGAGAUAUCUUUUCUUCAGCCAGGAAGGGUGGCAAUCACCAACAGCCGUGUGGAGGAACAGCCCCUGGGGACUCUUUGGAGCUUCAAGAGGCAUUUGUCCCAGGGAGCUCUGCCCAGAAGGAUGUCCCCCAGCCUCCUGAUGGUUGUAACGAGGAAAGAGGGAAUUUGGAUGCGAUGUGCAGGCCUCAGGAGGAGGUCAGAGAGCAGAAUGCUAUGGCAGCAGCAGCAGAGGGAUAACAGAAGUCAUGUCAGGCAGUGGAGCAAUGACCAAGCAAGCUUUGACUUUCUUGCAGUCGAUGUGUAGCUGCUUUGUUUUGUCUCUGUGGUUGGAGAAGUGCACGUACUAGCACAGAAAGCUGGGCUGUCGUGUUGUGCAUGUGAAAAUGAACCUGUGAAACUGCUCCACAGCCAACUGGGGGACUGUGGCCACGUCUAGGCUACUAAUCAUAGAAUCUUAGAAUCAUUGAAUCAUAGAGUCAUAGAAUGGCUUGGGUUGGAAGGGACCUCAAAGCUCUCUUAGCUUCCGAAAAAAGUAGAUAUAGCCAUGUAACUUGUUGAGAAUAGUCCUUGGCUGCUGAUAACCCUGAAACUCAAUCUUUAAGGCUUGUUUGGAGGAGUGCUAGCUGGGUCUGGCCAAAGGCAUUCAGGGAUUACCAAGCAAUUCAGCACUACAGAUGAGGGAGUUUCCACACCCACAACCUCACGUUAAUAUGCUCACACUGAUGUAGUCUUCGUAGUUAGAGCAAUAUUGAUUGGAAUGUGUACACAUACAUACACAUACAUGAGAAUUUCUCUGUUUCUUCAGAUCUUCCCUUUCAAAGAACUUCAGUAUGUGCAUAAAUCUUUUCCUUUUUCUAAGGAAAGACAAAUAAACAACUAUUCAGCUUCAA